UUUUGUUUUUUUUUUAAGGAAAACGUAAAAAAGUAGCGAAAGAGCUCUCCAUUUUCUUAUUCGUCAUCGCCUACUUCCUCACAAGCCUCCUACCAGCACUGCCAACAAACCCUAAAUAACCUACAAAACUUCUUUGAGGUCCAAUUCCCCUACAGCAAUGUCAUCCGAAGCUUCUCAACCAGAGCAGCAAGGGGACGAGUCCAAAUCCGCGAGCAAGAAGGCCGCGAAGAAGGAAGCCGCCAAACUGGAGAAGGAGCGCCGCCGCCAGGAGGCCGCCGCCUUAGCCGCCUCCGCGUCGAAUUUCUCCAUCGAGGAAGAUCCGCUCGCCGCCAACUACGGCGACGUGCCGCUCCCGGAGCUCCAGUCGAAGGCUCCGGUCGACACCGGAAACUGGACGGAGGUUGGCGCGCUCAGCGAAGCGCUGAAGGACCAGCGCGUGCUCGUGCGGGGAAGAUCGCAGACGAUCCGGUCCGUCAGCAAGAACAUGGCGUUCUUGGUGGUCAGAGAGAAAGGAUUCACCGUGCAGUGCGUGGUGACGGCGAUUCCGGACGUUGUCAGCCGUCAGAUGGUGAAGUACGUCUCGGGAUUGAGCCGCGAGUCGAUCGUGGACGUUGAAGGGAUCGUCUCUGUUCCCAAAGACGCCAUCAAGGGAGCAACACAGCAGGUGGAAGUACAAGUGAGGAAAUUAUACUGUGUCAACGCGGCCUUGCCAACUCUACCUAUUAAUGUCGAGGAUGCUGCUAGAAGUGAAGUUGAGAUUGACAAGGCAUUGCAAGCUGGGGAACAACUUGUACGUGUUAAUCAAGAUACCCGUCUGAACAAUAGAGUAAUCGACAUGAGAACGCCUGCUAAUCAGGGUAUAUUCCGCAUUCAGUGCCAAGUUGGAACUAUAUUCAGGCAAUUCUUGCUUUCUGAAGGAUUUGUAGAGAUCCAUACACCUAAAUUAAUAGCUGGUUCCAGUGAAGGUGGUGCUGCCGUUUUCAAACUGGAUUACAAAGGACAGCCAGCCUGCCUUGCUCAGUCACCCCAACUUCAUAAGCAAAUGGCAAUCUGUGGUGAUUUUGGGCGUGUUUUUGAGAUUGGUCCUGUGUUUAGAGCUGAGGACUCUUACACGCAUAGGCAUUUGUGUGAGUUUACUGGCCUUGAUGUUGAAAUGGAAAUCAAGGAGCACUACUUUGAGGUGAUGGAUAUUGUGGACCGUUUAUUUGUUGCGAUGUUCGACAGCUUGAAUAAAAAUUGUGAGAAACAGCUUGAAGCUAUCAGGAAGCAAUAUCCAUUUGAACCUCUGAAGUAUCUGAGGAACACUCUACGGCUUACAUUUGAAGAAGGUGUUCAAAUGCUGAAAGACGCUGGUGUUGAAGUUGAUCCUCUAGGGGACUUGAACACUGAGUCAGAGAGAAAAUUGGGCCAGCUAGUUCUAGAGAAGUACGGGACUGAGUUCUACAUACUUCACCGCUAUCCUUUGGUUGUUAGACCAUUCUAUACAAUGCCUUGCUAUGAUAAUCCUGCUUACAGCAAUUCAUUUGACGUCUUCAUUCGAGGUGAGGAGAUUAUAUCCGGAGCCCAGCGUGUUCAUGUGCCAGAGUUCUUGGCAGAACGUGCACAAGCAUGUGGGAUUGAUGUGAAGACAAUAUCGCCUUAUAUCGAUUCUUUUAGAUAUGGUGCGCCUCCACACGGUGGCUUUGGAGUAGGGCUGGAGCGAGUGGUGAUGCUUUUCUGCGGAUUGAACAACAUCCGGAAGACAUCUUUAUUCCCCCGCGAUCCCCUAAGGCUUGCACCCUGAUAUUGGAUUCUAGAAGACAAUUUGGUUCACUGAGAUUUUGUUCAUACUGACAUUCAGAAUUACUGAUCUCAUUUCAUUUUUGUUCAUACUGACACGUUUGCUUCAAGGCAAAUGAGCUUUGGUUAUAUAAUCUUUGCCAAAUCGAUUGGUACUUUUUGUUUA